CCCGCUCACCCGCUCUUCCCCCUUUUCCCCCCUGGCCCAGCCGCGGGCCCGAGCACCCGCCGGGCGCUCUGGCCCAGGGCCAGCCAGGCCUGCCGCGCCGCUCGCCGCCAUGGAGCCCAGGCCCGCCGCACCGGGGCCUUGUCCCGGCGACUCCCGCGUCGCGGAGGCGGCGGCCGCGGCUUCUCCGCUGCACCCGGCCGAGGCCCGGGUCGAGCCCGGGCGCCGCGCUCCCAGCGUGGCUGCCGUGUUGCCGGCGGGGGGAAGCGGGGAGAGGAUGGGCGUCCCCACCCCGAAGCAGUUCUGUCCCAUCCUGGAGAGGCCGCUCAUCAGCUACACCCUGCAGGCCUUGGAGAGGGUAUGCUGGAUAAAAGACAUUGUUGUGGCAGUAACUGGAGAGAACAUGGAAGCGAUGAAAGGUAUCAUUCAAAAGUACAAGCAUCAGCGCAUCUCCCUGGUUGAAGCUGGAGUGACCCGCCACAGGUCAAUUUUCAAUGGGCUAAGAGCACUGGCAGAGGACCAGCCCAACUCUAAACUCUCUAAGCCAGAAGUUGUGAUAAUCCAUGACGCCGUGAGACCAUUUGUCGAGGAAGAUGUCCUUUUCAAAGUUGUCACAGCUGCUAAGGAAUAUGGGGCAGCAGGAGCAGUUCGACCUCUUGUAUCUACAGUAAUCAGUCCCUCUGCAGAUGGUCACUUAGACCAUUCACUAGAACGUGCCAGACACAGAGCAAGUGAAAUGCCACAGGCCUUUCUGUUUGAUGUGAUCUAUGAAGCAUAUCAGCAGUGUAGUGACUAUGACUUGGAAUUUGGAACUGAGUGUUUGCAGUUGGCUCUAAAAUAUGGUCAUGUUAAUGCCAAACUUGUGGAAGGAUCAUCUGACCUCUGGAAGGUGACCUACAAACGAGAUCUGUAUGCAGCUGAAUCGAUUAUUAAGGAAAGAAUUUCACAACACAUUUGCGUAAUUAUGGACACAAAAGAAGAUGAGAAUCAUGUAGGCCAUCAUCUUGAAGAAAUACUAAAAAAUGAAUUAAAUCAUGUAGAAGUCACGUCUGGGGCUUUGUGUCCUGCGGGCAGAGAUCUUAAGCAAAUCAUCUUAGAGCAAUGCUAUAAUUAUGUUUGUGUGAAUGUUAUGUCCUCUGAUUUUGAGGAAACCCAGAGGUUACUGAACAUGCUCGAAGAGAGUAAUCUUUCCAUUCUCUAUCCUGUUGUUGUUAUUUCAGUUUAUUUUCUUGAUUAUAAAUCAGUACAUUUUGAUCAGAAAGUGGAAAACCUAAUGCAGAUUAGGGAAUAUGCAAAGGAAGUGAGGAAAAGAAAUAUUUUAUUAUGUGGUCUUCUUAUAUAUUAUCCACAGGAUGAGCAGAAGCUACAAGCAAGUUUAAGGGAAGGAGCCACGAUUAUUACCACUUUAAUCAAAGAAAGAAAUUCUGGACUUGUUGGUCAACUACUGAUAGCAUGAAGAACACAGAGAAAAUUACGUUGUGGGUUUUUAGAAACAUUUACCUAGGCAUCUCUGCCAUUCUUCCCACCCUACUGCAUAUGGUAAAAUGUUUAAGUUGUCCUUCAUGUCUCACAAUUUGUAGAAUGUGAUGUUUGGGUUAUAGAAAUGAAUCUGUGUUUAUAUCUGUGGGGAAAAAACCACUUUUGUGCAUGUCCAAUAUAAAUUAAUCAGAAAAUAUGCGAAGUAAUAACCUUCACAUAAUCUUCUGCAAAGGCAUGAAAAAUCAAACAGAAAAUGUGAUGGGUGAGCUAAUCCUCCUAGGAAUGAAAAUUUAGAAAACUUCAACUAUAAUCUUAUUUCUGUGUUAACUAGCAAAUCACAGUAUCAUAAAACUAGUAAAAAAAAAUUUAGAAUUAUUUUUAAUUCUAAAAUUGUCCUCUUAUCAGGUGAUAUUUUGACUUGUUUUCUGAUUUUUGACACCUUAAAAAAAUAAAGAGAUAACAGGGAACUCUGGUUCAAGUAUUUUCACUGUUGGGCUCAUAUAACUCUAGAUCCAUAAAGGAGAUUUAGUUCCCUCCUGCUUUUCUGUUUUAAAAUUGUGUGUUUUCCUCGGUUUAUGAAAAAUAAUUUUGACUUAUUUUAAAAAGUUUCUGAUUUUUCUGAUUAUACUUAAAAGAAGACCAGAAAUCUUCAUAAAGGUGAAAUUAUUUUGGUCAGUCCCAAGUUAGUCUUUUCUGAAAGGUAGAGAGUCGUAAAUUAUUUUUGAUACAGAUACUGCUGUCUUUUUUUUUUUAAUUUUAAUUUUUAUUUAAGUAGGCUCCAUGCCCAGCAUGGAGCCCAAUCCAGGACCCGAACCCACAACCCCGAGAUCAAAACCUGAGCUAGAUCAAGAGUAAGACUCUUAACCGACUAAGCCACCCAGGUACUCUGAUCCUUUUAAAGUCUUUUAAAAUCAAGUUCUUACUCUUUCAAAUUUCCACUGGUAUGUACAUGUUAAAAGUGUAAAUGAUUUUCCCUUACAUUAAAUUUUGCAAAAAAAUGUAUAUACUAUCAUUAGCAAUAGCUUUUAUUCUAUUUUUACAUUUAUAAAAUCACAUUAGGACAGAUUCCAAGGCUUAGGUUACUUGUGGAAACUAUAAAAGUUGCAUGAGGUGUUACCAGUUAAAAAUAAACUGGAAGAAUUUCUAUGAAACCUCUUCUUAACAUGUUGGAUGAUUUUCCCUGUUUUUAUCUAGGACCUAUAUUAGUAGGAGAGUUUAUAUUUUACAUUUAAUAGUAGAAUAUAAUGGAUGUAAAGUAGUUUCUUCAGUUCAUUCUCCUAAAUGAAAUGUUUUAUUUCAGUGUAGCUUAGAUCUAAAUUCCUGGGCUUGCCACUUUUUUUUCUUUCUCUUUCUCUAGGGAGGAUAAAAAAUUAUAAAUGAUUUAAUUCAGAAUUUUGAUGGUGAAAAUAUGUGGGCAAUAUGUAGAUUUCUGCCUAGAACAUCUGUGUCAUUGUUAAGGUAGUGGGCUGAGUGUGUUGUGAAAAGGUCCACCCCUACACCUUCUGAACUCUUCAGGUGAAACUGUUUUAAGAAUUUGGAAGUGGUUAUAAAGGCAAAUAGGAAAAUAUUGUCAGGGAUUUAAAGAGAAAGUGGUUUUGAGUAUAAGGCAAAAAUUGUGUCUGCUACACAGCAAAAUUACUAUAUGGAUUGAGUGCUGGUUAAGUUACCUUAAAUUUCAAAUUAUUAAUGGUUUGUUAAGCCAGACAAGAAUUUAUCUGGAAGCGAUGACUAGUGACUUUACCCUAGGCAAAGGGAAUAUUUAGUAUAAUGAGAUUUUAGGUAAUAAAAUAUUAAAUUAUGACUGAAAUAAUCACUGUUGUCAUCAUCACCAUUAUGAUAGCAUUUGAUUUUUUUCCUUACAGUUUACAAAGUGAUUGUCAGCUUUGAAAAUAAUUUAAAGAAGUCUCCCCACAUCCUUUAUUGUGUAGGUGGAAAUUGAGGUUCAGUGAUCUUAACUACCUUGUUGAGAGCCAUGUGACUGCCUAGUAACAAAAGGUAGAGAUUAAACUUAGGACCAGUGAAAAUAAGUUUGAAGCUCAUCUCCCUGUUUAAUUAUGAUGUUGGCAAAAGCCAUCCAACUGAGAGGCUCUGGGAAGUAAGCCAGAGGCUCCUGAUGAGCCUUGGAGGAAUGGUCAAAGAAGGACAAACCAUCCCAAUGACCAUAGGAAAGUUCUGAAGCUUGUGACUUUCCAGCCAUCUUUCAAACAUACAGAAAUUUCAGGUAGGGGUGAAGGGAAUGGAGAAAAAUUUUGGCCGAGAGAGGGAUAAACUCGUUCUUAGUGUUGAAGAGAUCUAGAGACAACUUUGUGGUAAAUUUCCAUCACUGCUUCUUUCAUGGGAACUGUCUAUUUUCACUUUACUUUCUAAAAUGUCUUUUAAAAUAAUGGUAAGUUAUGCUUCAGCAUUGCUCAAAUUGUUUUCUACCUGUGCAAAAUUUUGUGAAUGACUAUUUACUUUUGGAAUAUUUGCUAAUUAACUAAAUGUAAUUUAGUUAGACUUUUGUGGAAUUUAACAGUGUGAUCAGUGGUUUGGUUCAUGACAUAUUGGUCAGAGGUACAGUAUUUUUGUUGUUGUUGUUUUGUUGUUGUUGUUGUUGUUUUUUCAUAAAACUGCUCAAGUUAAGAGAGAACUUGUUGCAAGUAUAUGAAUUUGCGGGUAAGAAUUAGACCCCUCUACUCUACCCAGAGCCGUUCUUACUGUGGUCACUUCAAACGUUUUACACUGGUUUAAUGGGUAAACUCUUUUUUUAAUGCUGGUUAUCAUUAUCAAAUUUUACUUAGUACAUAUAAAUAUAAUGAUCAUUUUAUAAAUAUCAAUUGCAGUAGAAUAUUUUCUUAUAUUAAAUCUGUAAAUUCUAUUUCCUUUUAAAGUUGAAGCUAAUUAGGCCGAGGAAGAACAAAUACUUGAAUUAAAAUGUUACAUGUUACAGCCAUUUUGAUGAAGAGCGAACUUAUUUUCAAAGUUUAAUUAAAAAAUAAACAGAAUAAAUGAAAAAAUAUACAUGAUUUUAGGAUUUAUUAGUAUGGUUUAAAAUUAGUGAAUUAGAACCAGCUGUGUGGAUAGUUUGGUCAUUGUACCAUUUAUAUAUGUUCUUGUACAUUUUUAGUUUCAAAAUUGUAAAAGAUGUAUUCAUUUUUUAAGUGAAAAAUAACACACUAUUAAAGAUU